AUGACCACCUACAUUGACGGUUGCCGACCAUCAUACUUCAACGUCUCUUCUAAUGGACUUUGGGAGAACCUUAAAUCGCCCGAUGUGAUUUUCGGGUAUUCGCUGCCUCUCCUGGAAAUUCAGAUAUUACUCAUAUUCUUCUUCAUUGUCAUGUGUCACAUGUCCCUCAGAUGCAUCGGCAUUCCACUGAUCGCUUCCCAUAUGAUCGCUGGAUUACUUCUAGGGCCUCAGUUUUUGGAUCUAUUUGAGAAAUCUUCAAGGAAACUCUCUGUGGAUCCUGCGUUAGAUGGAAACGCGGUUUUAAGAAGCAUCUCAGUGUUUGGAAGCUUGAUGUUUACAUUUUUGAUGACUGUUAGAACCAACCGGCGAGUGGCCUUUAACAGCGGACAACUUCCCGUCGUGAUCGGGAUUGUGUCCUUCGUUUUUCCUCUGUUCGGUCUAUGUUUCCGUAGCCUCUUCUCCGAAAGCAUCGACCCUAAUUACAUGCCUCUGAGAAAAGCUAUGGCCGAGCGCGUAGUGGUCGUCUUAAGCCAAGCUUCGAUACUUUUGCCGUCCGUAACAUUUGUCUUGCUAGAGCUCAAGAUCCUCAACUCAGAGCUCGGUCGCAUUGCAUUAUCUGCAUCGGUCAUCAACGAGAUGUUGGGGAUCAUUUUUGUUGUCCUUGCAUCUGCUUUGGGAACGUACAAGAAUGUUUCACAUGUAACAGCAUAUCGUGACUGUAUCGCAAUGGUCAUAUUCUUUCUCAUCACCUUUCUUGUUUUUAAGCCGGUCGUAGAAUGGAUCAUUGACCGCACACCGGAAGGCAAGCCCGUGGAGAGUAAGUACGUUCACGCCGUGGUUUUGACCGCAUUGGCUUCUUCUGUUUACACUUCGUUCUUCAACAUGAAACACGUCCUGGGGCCUCUAGUGAUCGGCCUCGUCAUACCAGAGGGUCCACCAUUAGGAUCGACACUUGAGAGCAAGUACGAGAAGCUCACGACGAACGUGUUCUUACCAAUCAUGAUCGCAAUCAGUACGAUGAGAUGUGAUGGAAUAAGGAUCUUCAACGAGUUCAAUGACAUCAUCUACAAUAUCUUCCUAAUGGUUUUAACACUUACUCUAAAACUGAUCGCAUGUCUUGCCCCUUGCUUGUACUACAAGUUACCUCUCAAAGAAUCCAUUGCUGUUUCCAUCAUCUUGAGCUACAAAAGUUUCUCGGAUUUCGUUCUUUUCGAAGCCGCUUUAGACCAGUCGUAUAUAUCACAAGCAACGUACGCGUUCUUGAUCAUUUAUGCACUACUAAACACUGGUAUUGUUCCCACGGUCUUAAGGAGCUUGUACGAUCCAAAACGCAAGUACGUUAACUACCAGAAAAGGAACAUAUUGCAUCUGGAACCAAACUCGGAUCUUCGACUUCUAACUUGUUUGCAUAGACCUGAGAACGUCUCCGAGACCAUUUCCUUCCUCCAAAUGUUUUCAUCACCAAACCUAGACUUCCCUAUUUCAGUCACGAUUCUCCACCUCGUAAAGCUCGUUGGUCGGAUCAACCCCGUCCUAAUCUCGCACAAUAAGAAUCCAAACCGGCUUUUAAACAAUUCCUACAUCGUUACGGCAAAUCUUGCCUUCAAUCAGUUUAUUCUUGGAAGCUUCAAUUCCAUAACCAUGAACACGUUCACCGCAUUCUCGUAUGAGAUGUUAAUGCACGAGGACGUUUGUACGCUUGCUCUUGACCAGAUGGCAUCGAUGAUUGUCGUUCCUUGUGGGAGGAAAUGGACUAUAAACGGGGUGUUCGAGUCAGAAGAUGAUGUCAUAAGGCGUUUAAAUCAAUCGUUUCUCGACCGUGCGCCUUGUUCUAUAGGAGUACUAAUCGACCGUGGACAGUUCUCGCGCAGAAUUAACGUAAUGAACAAGAAAAAGUACAACAUUGAUGUUGGUGUGAUUUUCAUCGGAGGCAAAGAUGAUCGGGAGGCUCUAGCAUUGGUGAAGAGGAUGAAACAUAACCCUAGGGUUCGUGUUACCGUCAUUCGACUCGUCUUUAACCAGGAUAUAGACUCGGAAGACUGGGAGUACAUUCUUGACAACGAAGGCUUGGAAAAUUUGAAGUUUGCAGAGAAGUCGAACAGUUUUAGUUAUACAGAGAGGAUUGUGACCAAUGGUGUUGAGGUGGCUAGCACCGUUCGAUUGCUUGCCGGAGAGUAUGAUCUUAUGGUGGUCGGGAGAGAUCAUGAUACAGGAUCACCAGACUUUUCAGGACUAGAAGAAUGGGUCGAACUUCCAGAGUUAGGUGUUAUCGGAGAUUUGCUAGCGGCUAAAGAUCUUAGCUCUAAGGUCUCUGUUUUGGUAGUUCAACAUCAAAAACAUGUGUAG